AUGGUAAAUGACCGGGGCCGCCGAGAGGACUGGCGGCUCCGGGUUCCGGCCCUCAGCUCCCCCCCCCGGCGGCUCCGGACGGAGCGUUGGGGGGGCUCUCUCUCCCCAUGCCGGGCCGGCGGCUUUGGCAGAGUUCUUACAGCAACGUGGCUCUCGGAUGGCGCCUCAGUGGCCAUCAAAAGGGUGCCAAGGAACCACGUCCAGCACUGGGGCCAGCUGCCCGACGGCACCAGCGCACCCCUGGAGAUCGUGCUGCUGGACAAGGUGUCCAAUGGCUUCCCCAGUGUCAUCCAGCUGCUGGAGUAGGUUGAACUCCCCAUCAACAACAUCUUGAUGGUGCUGGAGUGCCCAAAGCACUCUCAGGACCUCCUGUAUUUCAUUCGGGCACGGGGGUUCCUGUCCGAGGAGGUGGCGCGGCCGCUGUUCCGCCAGGUGCUGGAGGCCGUGCGGCACUGCACCAGCUGCGGGGUCCUGCACAGGGAUAUCAAACCAGGGAACAUCCUGGUUGACCUGGCCACCGGGCAGGCCAAAUUGAUUGGCUUUGGCUGUGGCACCUAUCUGCAAGACACAGCCUACAUUCACUUUGCAGGAACACCAUCAUACAGCCCCCUGGAAGGGACUCACUUUGGCUGGUACUAUGACAAGCCAGCUACCAUCUGGUCCCUGGGCAUUGUGCUGCACCAGAUGGUCUGUGGGGAGCACCCUUUCAGGAGGGGCCAGAACAUCAGCUGGGAUCAUCAGCUCUCGCUGCCACAAUGGCUCUCUCCAGGUGGAUCCUCAUCUCUGGGCAUGGGGGGAAUACCAGUGCAGGGAGACAGCAGCGGGCUCGGGAGCAUCCCGCUCUGGCAGCUGCUGAGGAGGUGGCACAUAAACCUGACAGCCUGGUCUCAGCCCAGGGAAGGAGAAGGAGCCCCUGGAGAAGCUGUACCAGGUGGGGCUGCUACUGUUGGAGACAGCGAGGACACCAUCAAGGAUGGCAGCCUCUCCCUGGACCUGGCCACUGCAUAA